AUGGCAGCUCCCGCAAAUUCUGCAGUGUUACAGAACAUCUACUACGAACGGAAAGUAGGCACAGCGAAGUCAUGUUACAUCUGCCAUCGCCCGACUACGACAGUCCUCGCAACGCUCAAGACGGAGGACUUUCUGUAUACUUGCGAAGUGCAUCUGAGCGACCCUGGAUUCGCGUCGCCAAUCGCCCCCCCGCCCCAACUUUCUGCCCCUUCGGCUGAGGAUAUCCGCAAAGUAGUAGCCGACUAUCACGCACGUGAUUCCAGGAAGAAAGAAGCCUCCGCCAAACCCGACGAGAAAGAGAAAGAUCCCAAAGACGCCAAAUCGCCCUCUCCUGCCCCCUCCCCUGCGCCAACCGUCCCGACGUCGACACCGCCAGCGCAGCCGACACAUAGAAAGUUUGCGCUUCAUGGGAAGAUGUUUGAAAUCAGGAAACAGGAAAUGCGAAGGAGGGAGCAGGGAGUCAAGGCAAGGGAAGUCGGGCGAGGGUUGCCGCAGUCGCCAAUAUCCCCUAGCAACGACGUAUCAGAGGAACAGCUGGCAGGUGUCUUUUCAGAGGCUGGACCCGUGUCCAAUGUAGAGAUCAAGUUUGACCCCCAGACUGGAAGAUCGAAGGGAUACGCUUUCGUUUCUUUCUAUGACGAAUCCACCGCGCUAUCUGCUGUCCGCAAUCUCCAAGAUGCCCCUGUCAACGGCCGCAACCUUCGAGUCGAGCUGUCCACCGACGAACCCGGUCCCCGUCGGCGCGGUCCCCCUGUUGGCGCAGUCUCUUCCGGCCCUCCCGCCGCUGGACGAUUUGGUGGACCAUCUGCUGCUCCCGCUCCCUAUGCUACUCGAGGUCCUUAUGGAGGGCCUCCUGGAGGCGGGGCGGGGGGAGGCAGGUUCGGGGAUAGAGUUGAUACGCCGCCGCCGGCCAGAGACUAUGGAGGUAGGAGAGGGGACGAUUUGGAUUUGAGGUUGGUGCCGCAGGGUGUGGAGCUGCCGCCGGGAGAGAAGGCUGUGGAUGCUAUCAGCAAGACUUUGGCGGCUAUCAACCCCGGGCAGAUGCAAGAUGUUAUGACGAGUAUGAAGCAACUUGUGCAGACGAACCCAGACCAGGCUCGUGUUCUCCUCUCCCAACAACCCCAACUCGCCUACGCUCUCUUCCAAGCGAUGCUUUUGCUCAAUAUCGUCGACCCCUCCGUCCUCCAAUCUAUACACCCUCUCCCACCUCCCGCGGUUGCCGCGCCCCCGCCUUCGAAUUAUGGUCAGCCCCCCGCUCCAUACGGACAAGAUGCGGGCUCCAAGUACGGCCAGCCGCCGAGUGGCUAUGGUGGUGGCGGAGGUGGAAGUGGAGGUUAUGGAUACCCCCCAGCAAGCCAGCCUCCUCAAACCUUCCGCCCUCCCCCAUCCUACGCCGCUCCCCCCGCUCAAACCCCGCCCUACCCUCCCUACGGUGCCCCACCCUCCGCAGCUCACGCAUAUGGUUCUGCCCCUGCCCCUCCUCCUGCGCCUACUCCCAUGUCGGCACCUCCCCCAGUGGCGUCGGGUGUACCUGGUAUGUCUGCGCUCCCGCCAGCGGCGCAGGCUGCGCUGGCGACGUUGCCGGACGAUCAGCAGGCGAUGUUGAUACAGGUUUUGAGCUUGGCGCCGGAGCAGAUUAAUGCGCUGGAUCCGACGCAGAGGGCUAGUGUUGUUCAGCUUCGACAGCAAUUCCUCGGGACGGCCUAA